GACAGCACUGAGGGGAGGGGAGAAAACACGCUCACACAGACUCAGUCACACCUUCCCCACAGCCUCUGUCAGAGACCGGAGCGAGCUCAGUGAGGAGGAUGCGGGUCUACAUCACAGGAGCAAACAAGAGAGGACAAUAGCUCACAUACAUGCGAGCAGAGUGGGAGCCCUGCGGGAAGAGCGAGCAUUUCAUAGAGAACAUCUGCAGGUGCAUUCUGCUGUGAGAAACCUAAAAGAAGAACUAAACAGCUGCCUCACACAGCUGCUGUUCUGAGGGUUUCUCAUCUUCCCUGCACACGGACAUCCACUCUUCUGCUGCUGCUGCUGCUGCUAAGAGGAUACAUCUCCGUGCAUCAACGCACGGCUUCAGAGCAGACUGCUUUACAGUCUGAGACCAUGAGUGAGGGGAAGAAAGGUGAGCUAGCCAUCCGGGAUAAAGCCAUCCUGCACCAGCAGAGGCGCCUGAAACAGGCCACCCAGUUCUCACACAAGGACUCCGCUGACCUCCUGCCCCUGGACGGGCUGAAGAGACUGGGCACGUCCAAGGACUUGCAACCUCACAGCAUCGUCCAGCGGCGCCUGCUGGAGGGGAACAUCCCACGCCUGCGUGGGGAGGCCCGGGACCUCAGCGGCAGGGUCCGCUCCCCGCUGGCGGACAACAAGGACGGACCCAUCGAUGCCGAGGAGAGGAGUGAGAGCACAGCCGAUGACUCGACAGAGGAGAGGGAAUCUCUGGAGGAAAGCGAGAGGAGCCUACGAUCUGACGAAGAGGACGAUAACAGCGAGGCUGGAGCCAGACAGACAGCUGAGAAGCCCGAGAGCACGGACGGGUCGACCCUCCUCACAGCUUUAAUAGUUCAUUGCAAGUGCUGCGAGGCUGAAGUGAAGGCAUCCAUUAACACUGGCAGCCUACACAACCAUAUCUCCACCUCCUGCUGCCAGAGGCUGGGACUGGUACCCACUCAGGACAGCUCGCCGUGCAGCGGCGGCAGCUCUGUGACGGGUCUGCAGCUGCAGCUGGGAAGGCAGACUCUCCGGUGUUCGGCCUACCUGAAAGAGGAUGACACGUUUGAGCUGUGCCUGGGCCUGCAUACUCUUCUGGAGCUCAAAUGUUGCCUGGAUCUGAGCAGACGAGUCCUGAAGCUGCAAGGCUGCGGCGAGGAGCUCCCCUUCCUGAACACGUCAACCGACAGCCAGUGCCAUCAUGAUACCAACGAGAACCUCUGAGCCCGACCCGGCGGCGGCGGCGACCGACGGAAUGAGGGCGUUUGCAUCUGAACUGUCCAAUCGUGGUGUCUCUCACUGCCAGAACACGGAUGAGCGUUUGCCUCACUUGCUCUCAAGUUUACAUCUUUGUGUUUGAGGAUUUAAGACAAUUGCCAUGAUUUUCUCUGAUAUUAAAUUAGUCUAGUUUACAGAGCAAAGUCAAAUCUCUGUAAGUUGAGUCUUUCCUUGUGAUUAUGCUGAAUAUUCAAACUGAUUCCUCUGUUGUGCUGCUUGGGUAAACGUAUGCUCUCCAAAAAGAUCAUCUAAGGUGACCUUGAGUGGAAUAUUUUCUUAUUUGACUGUUCCACAUUUGUUUUGACAUAUAAAGUCAAUGAAAAAAAAAUGUUAUUUGCAAAUUCAAAUUAUAACAAGUUGAUUAAUGGUUGUAAUUCAAGAUAAUACAUCUGAUGGAAAGAAAAUUCAAAUGAUUAAAACAGCUGUUUAGCUCUCUGUUCUACUAAACAAUCAGUAAUAUUUGGGUUUGUUAGUAAAUUCACUAAGAAAAUCUGAUCAUGUUUUUUUAGCUAAGUUUUCUAGAAUAUUAAUGAAUUGUUAAUUGGUAGGCCAAUGGACAGAGAAAAACUUAAAGAAAGUUGCAAUCCUGUCUGAGAGUAAAUUAAGUUACCAAUAAGGUGUAAAAAUAAUGAUAUAAUUCUGCUUUGAGGAUUAAUAAAUGAUUAUUGAAUUGAACUGAUAAAUAAAAACACAACCUAAUAUUGAAGUAAACCAGUGAUUCCCAACCAUUUCCCAUCUACUUCACUGAUAUGUUUAACUACUCCAUCAGCUUAAACGGCCGUGUACUUUUGAUCAUUUUUGAAAGGAAACUUCAGGAUUAAACAUCCAUCAAGGUAGUUAAGCUAUGCUUACUUUAGAAAUUAAUUCAAUAUAUCUGCUUUGUGUCAUCAUUGCAUUAUCCAUCAUUAAUAAUUAAUUUUAGAAAACUGUUCCUGACUUUAAUCAUUCAUUUCAGCUGUAUUUCCAAUGUUGUUUGCACCAGCUUUUAGGUAGCCUACCAUUUUAUAAUUUAACCAUUUCAAAUGGCUUCUAUGCUUCUUCUUAAAUAGUUAUUGAUGACCUUAACUUUUUUUAUUAUUAUGAUCAUAGAUAAAUGGUCCACUAUCCAUUCGUAUUUAAUUUAAAAUCCAUUUGAUUUAGUUAAAGGCAGGGUAAGCUAUUUCUGUAUGACGUCAGAUCUGUUGAUAUUUAAAACAUAAUAUCAACAAAACACAAAGAGUUAGGCCUUGCUGUCAGGGCCUGAGUGAAAAACAAUGAUGUCUUUAAUUUCUCGCUCGCAGUUGUUUUCAUCACUUUAUGCUAGCAUAAUCCCGGCAUUAUGUCCAACACCAAACAAUUACUUCUUUCUUUGUUAACCAUUUCAACUCUGGAACUUUAAAGCCAACUAUUUGAAUUGUUUGCUCAUUUGAUUCAAGUAUUAUUUGUUUUAUUUUCAUGUUAAGAGUUCACUUCCACCUAUUGCUACGCUAUUAGAUUUCAGCAUAGCUUCUUUCUCAUCCGUCCAUUUACCCGUUACACCUCUGGUUGGGAAUCACUGCCGUUUGAGUUUUGGUGCCAGGUUUAUUUUGUUCACAUUGGACAGAAGCCGUUUAGCUCUUUAACCAACAUCUGCUGGCGGCAGUCCUAGAAAUACAAGACAGCUAUGCGAAUACUGGAUCUUCUCAGCAUCCUCACGGAUUUCACAAGAGGUCAAACUGCUCCCAGCUACUCCCAGCAGGCUCAGUUUUUAAAAGUGACAGUGCAUAGAUGCCUUUUCAAGUAUGUUUGAGAGAAACGUUAAGGCCUAACGUUUUCUGAAGCCAGAUCUAGAUGGCUUUAACUGCAUACCUCCUUGAGCACAGGGUGAGUCUCAUCUUCAGUUAGAGAUUAGAGGAAAAGAUCGUAGUAUUUUAAGUACUUAUACUGAGCUUUGUAAAGCCCCUCCUCUUUAAAACAACUGAUGUGGUUACGUUUUCCAAGAGCUUGUUUUACAACCUGUCACAGUGGCCUAGAUUGAUUAAUGUUAGUUUCCUAUAGAUCCCAUCUGAGAGUAUUUAAAUAGGCUUCAGGCGAGCCAGCUAAAUAUGUCUCCGUCGGACUCAGAAGCAACAAGAAUAUCAAAACAUUCCAUCUGCAUGACUUUGUAAAAGUUCUGCCUUUGUAUAAGUCUGCAUGUAGUGUUCUGGUCACAUUAUGUCGUGUUGAAAGUCUGAGGUGGCUGGACGUUGUCAGGGUUUUUCUGCCUUGUAUGGGCUCCUGCUUCACAUGGGAAAAGAGCGGAGUCGUUCCCAUCUUACCCAACGGAGCUCCAAGCAGAGCAAGCUGCCAGAAGCCGACCCCAGCUGCCUUCCCUCUCUGCCUCUUUAAGGAGAUUUUAACUACUUGGCUCUGGCUGCAUUCAGUGCCAAGGCAUCCUCUUAAAGCUCAUCUUCCUCUUCGGUCAGAGGAUUGGUCUUCUUGACGCAUUUACCACUUUGACACCUCAUCUUUGCUGAUUUGUCUAUAGCAAGAGACUGAAAAAGAAAAACACUCCCCACUAAGGGGCCACCUGCCUCUUGUGUGUGUUUUCACAGUGUCGAUGAUGGGAAACUGUCAUCAUGCUCUGCUUUAACGACACCUGAGCCAUACCGUGCUUUUGACUCUCCAUUACCUCCAACUGAUUUUUAUCUUUAUCCACGUGCAAACUGGCAAUGCUUGUUUAUUUUUGACGUAUAGUGCCCUUUCUAUGCCUUGCGAGAGGAAUUGAUGUAUGGAAGAAAUUUAUUUUUGGUGUUUUUCUUCUUCUGAACAGUAUUUUCUCUGCCUAAUAAAAUACGUAUUCUGGCUA